UAAACGCACAGGCACAUACUUGCAUAAGCAGCUGAAGAUGAAAGUUGUGUUUCAGGUUUUGUUGUUGUGUGUUCUCGGGGAGGAACGUUGUUGUGUGUUCUCAGGGAGGAUCAUUGUUGUGUGAUAUCCAGGAAGGAACGUUGUUGUGUGAUCUCCGGGAGGAACGUUGUUGUGUGAUCCCAGGAAGGAACGUUGUUGUGUAAACUCCGGGAGGAACGGCAGUCAGCACAACGUGCAGCAACUUCAUGGAGCAAAAAUAUCCACACUGAGUACGGGGGACACAACAUCCACAAUGUGGACUCGUCAGACCACAGAACACUUUUCCACUCUGCAUCAGUCCAUCUUAGAUGUGUCACGGCGGGGGUCGGCUUACAGCGAUUCGUUCUCCCAGAACGCAAAACUGACGGCUCCGGACAAAGACGUGAAGGCCACCACGGGGAAGUUCUCAGUGCUGCAGACGUCCAGCAGUGAAGUGCAAGACACAAUGAAACGUCUCGGCUCCAGCUUUGAGGAUGGCUCUCACCUCCCGGCCGCCCUCGCCUGUCUUAGUAGUCCCACGGACAAAGGUGGAGAUGGGACGCCUGACUCCCAGGAGCCCGCAGUCAACCAUGGCCGCUUAUUUUCCGUGUCAGUGCUUCCAUGUUCAGAUGAAAACCUUCCUCACGUACCCACUGAGGAAAUGUUCGAUGCCUUCUCAUUGGAGCCGAGUAAACCGCCGAGUGCCCAAGCUUCACAGACAUGCCCUGCCAGAACUGUCCAUACACCACCUUCCUGCAAACUGUUACAGCCGCUGUCUUCCCCCACUCUUCUGAAACAAAGCAAGAGUCAUGAGUCACAGCUGGCCAAUCGGAUUGAGGAGCCUGCAAACCCCAAGAGGAAGAAGGCUUUGGCUGCUAUUCAGCUCAAUGGCUGUGGCAGCAGUCUAGAGGAUUCAAACUCGUGGUCUUCCCGCACACCCAGCGGUGUCCCUGCCUCAGCGCCAUACAGCAGAACUACUGCGCCCAGCCAACUGGACAACCUGGCUGUGCAAAGGAGUUCACCUCAUGCAGGAAGACGAGACAUUGAUCUACCUGCUAAACACAGGUUUUCAACCAAGUCUUGGCUCUCCCAGACAUGCCAGGUGUGUGGCAGGAACAUGAUGUUUGGGCUGAAGUGUAAACACUGCAAGUUCAAGUGCCACAACAAAUGUACCAAGGGUGCUCCGUCUUGUCGGAUAUUAUUUCCCACAUUGCCAAGAGCAGAAUCCGUACCUUCAGAUAUCAAUAAUGGAGUGGAUCUCGCAGCCAAACUCCCUCUUCAGUUUGCCACUCUACCCAAGGCCAAAGGAGAUUCGGCUGUCGCUCCAGUCCAGCUGGACUCCAGCAGUAACCCAUCAUCUACCACCUCCUCCACACCUUCCUCCCCAGCACCUUCUCAGCAGAGUAACCCAGCCAGCGUCAGCGCCACACCCUCACUGAACACACCACCUGGGGGGUCCCGGCAUGGCAGCUUUCACUUCCCAGAAUUUCUGACAGCAUAUGGAGAAAUGGUUUUAAGACCUCGUGACAUGGCUAAUGAUACUACAGACUCCAUGUCGACUGGUGGUCAGCAGUCCGACAGUUCCAAUGACUCUGGAGAUUCUCAGUCAGCCGUUACUCCGAUACAGGUAAAAGGACAGGAGCAGGGCCAAAAGGCAGGGGUUGAGUAUCCGGCUGGGGAUGACAGCUUCUCCGUGGUGGACUUUGAUGAAGACGGGCUGGAUGAUCUGCCCUCUUCAGUCCACCGCCGUGGGACCGCUGGACGUUGGAGGCGGGGCAUCAAUGGUAAAGCCAGUCAGACCAGCGUCUACCUACAGGAAUGGGACAUCCCGUACGAGGAACUGCAGCUCGGCGAGCUUAUAGGCAAGGGUCGUUGGGGCAAGGUGUACCGGGGUCGCUGGCACGGCGAGGUGGCCAUUCGCCUUGUGGAGAUUGAUGGCAACAACCAGGAGCACCUGAAGCUGUUUAAGGAGGAGGUGAUGAACUACAGGCAGACCAGACACGAGAACGUCAUCCUGUUCAUGGGUGCCUGCAUGGCUCCGCCCCACCUUGCCAUUGUCACCAGUUUCUGUAAAGGUGUGACUUUAUACUCUCUUGUAAGAGAAAGGGGUCAUUUGUUGGAUCUGAAUAACACCAGACAGAUUGCACAAGAGAUUGUGAAGGGCAUGGGCUACCUGCAUGCUAAAGGCAUAAUUCACAAAGACCUGAAGUCCAAGAAUGUGUUCUAUGACUCCAACAGAGUGGUUCUAACAGACUUUGGCCUAAUCGGGAUGUCUGGGGUGGUACAGGAGCGUAGGACAAGAGUCAUUAACGUCUUAAGGAUACCCCGAGGCUGGAUCCACUAUCUGUCGCCAGAGAUUGUUCGUAAAAUGAGCCCAGAGAUUGACGAAGACCAGCUGCCGUUCUCCAAAGCUGCAGAUGUUUACGCGUUUGGCACAAUCUGGCAUGAGCUGCAUUUCAGAACGUGGCCGAUGACCAGCCAGCCCAUGGAAGCUAAAAUCUGGUUAGUGGGCAGCAGCGAGGGCAUCAAGAAGGUGCUAGAAGAUUCCACUCUGGGCAAGGAAGUUACGGAGAUCCUUUCUGCCUGCUGGUCCUUUGCAAUUUCGCACAGGCCAACCUUCACACAACUAACUGAGCUGCUGGACAAACUACCAAAACUGAACCGCCGGCUGUCCCAUCCUGGACACUUCUAGAGCUUGACCAAGUAUCACAGAAGAUGACCGUUCAUAAUCCUGAAGGACCCAAUUGACAACCUAAUGAUACUGAUAUUCAAGAAAGGAGUAUGACACCUGUCUUAUAUAUAUAUAUAUAUAUAUAUAUAUAUAUAUAUAUAUAUAUAUAUAUAUAUAUUUAUAUUUCUAUAUAUAUAGAGGGAGAGAGAGAGAGAGAGAGAGAGAGAGAGAGAGAGAGAGAGAGAGACAACUGUGUUAAUACGACUUUUAAUGAAGCUGAGGAGACUUUUCCUAAUGAGACAACAAAGUUUGUAUAUGUGUACACAAAGGUGGAACUGUUAUUGUGUUCUUUAUAUUUUAGUUGCCUGUUAUUUAAGUUUUGCCUUCUAAUCACUCUUAUUACUUUCCUUUAAAUAUUGAUCAAUUCCCAUUCCUGCUCCUGUUGCACCUCAUCACCAUGAUCCACCUUGUCAUCCCGAUAUUUUCUUUUAUUUAUUGCUCCUAAUCGUUCUUUCGCGUUGGUUGUCUUCUCUUUUUUAUUUUCCUGAGUUGUGCCUGGGUUGUAAUCAUCAUUAUGAAUGGAUAAAAUGGAAAUUGUGGAUACAAUACAAUUCAAAUAAAUAUAAAUGAAACUUUA